AGCAGUCGCCCCUGCCCGCCUCCGCCUAGGAUGGGAAACCUGGCGGAGGCUGAGAGCAAGAGAGCGCCACUGGCAGCCCCGAGGGGACGAGCGCAGCGGAAGGUGCGGGCCAGUAAGAUAUGCAAAUGAUCUCCUUACCUCAUUGGUUGGAGGCCUCAGGGCCACAGAUGACCUCAGAGAGCUGGCCCUUUAAGAAUGCCCUUUGGGCUCUGUGCCCACAGCCCCCUGGAGCUGAGCAGAGGCACCAGGUCCUGCUCCAUGGAGCCUUCAGUCUCCUGGGAAGCAGUGCCUGUCUGGCUCUGGCACUGACCACAUCCUCUCGGCCAUUUCUAAAGUGCACCCCUCCCAGCCCAGCUCCAGGAUGGCCCUGCCCCCUAGCCCCCUGGCCAUGGAAUAUGUCAAUGACUUUGACUUGAUGAAGUUUGAGGUAAAGCGGGAGCCCUCUGAGGGCCGACCUGGCCCCCCUACAGCCUCACUGGGAUCCACACCUUACAGCUCAGUGCCUCCUUCACCCACCUUCAGUGAACCAGGCAUGACGGGCGCGACCGAGGGCACCCGACCAGGCCUGGAGGAGCUGUACUGGCUGGCUACGCUGCAGCAGCAGCUGGGGGCUGGGGAGGCAUUGGGGCUGAGUCCUGAAGAGGCCGUGGAGCUGCUGCAGGGUCAGGGCCCUGUCCCUGUUGAUGGGCCCCAUGGCUACUACCCGGGUAGCCCAGAGGAGACAGGAGCCCAGCACGUCCAGCUGGCAGAGCGGUUUUCCGACGCGGCGCUGGUCUCGAUGUCUGUGCGGGAGCUAAAUCGGCAGCUGCGGGGCUGCGGGCGCGACGAGGCCCUGCGGCUGAAGCAGAGGCGCCGCACGCUGAAGAACCGCGGCUACGCGCAGGCCUGUCGCUCCAAGCGGCUGCAGCAGCGGCGCGGGCUGGAGGCCGAGCGCGCCCGCCUGGCCGCCCAGCUGGACGCGCUGCGGGCCGAGGUGGCCCGCCUGGCCCGGGAGCGCGAUCUCUACAAGGCUCGCUGUGACCGGCUAACCUCGAGCGGCCCCGGGUCCGGGGACCCCUCCCAACUCUUCCUCUGAGCCGUUCAGAGCACCUUGUGGUGUAGUGGGUUGGGUGGCACCGCCCAGGAGGCGGCUGCACGGUUCUCUGCAUCGUUACCAGAGCGCCUUCUGGUCCUAGCCACGCCCUGUAUGACCGCGCAUAUAUCCCCAAAGCUUUUGGGUCCUCAAGUCAUGCCCGAAUUUAGAUGCUGGUCAUUUUCUGGAGAGGGGUCCCCUCCCCUUACGAACCCAGAAACCCAGCCCACAUGACCAGCACGCUGAGCUCUGCAGGGACCAGUGCCAGGCACUGGGGGGUGGAAGUGUGGUGACACAGUGAAUGGGAGGUGGAGGAGGGUUGCAGCUCCCACCUCAGUUUAGUUUUUAAUUCAAGGUUUUCAACCUGUAACACAUUAAAGCUGUAAUUAGCAA